GUUUCAUUUCUUUUUUCAGAAGAAAAACUGGAAGAAUUAAAUGUUGGAUUCAGCUGACUGCCAAACUGCUCAGAUUUCUCUGAAGAGUCCGGCUUGAAAGCUUGUCAAGAGCUGAACGAUUUGCCAAACCUGACAGUGCAGAAAAGCUUUAAUUACAAGCCAUGAUCAAUUCAAGAGUUUCCAUCAGAUUACUGGGGUUCUACGCAUUCCUCGUUUUUCAAGGCUGGAAACAAGACGGCAUGAUCCAUGCAGCAGGAAUAAAGACAGAGCCUGGCCAGCAGAAACAGGAAGAUGGGGUGACAGUAGCCCCAGAGGAUAUCAUGCCUUUUUUACAGUGCUACUGCUCCGGUCACUGUCCAGAAAACGCCAUUAAUAACACAUGCAAAACAAAUGGACAUUGUUUUGCCAUCAUUGAGGAAGAUGAAAACGGAGAAAAAACUCUUUCUUCCGGCUGCAUGAAAUACGAAGGUUCGGACUUCCAGUGCAAGGAUUCCCGAGUUGUUCUACGACGCCGUACCAUUGAAUGUUGCCGGACUGACUUCUGCAAUCAAGAUCUGCAGCCCACUCUACCCCCUUCUUCAACAAAUACCCUGUUUGAUGGCAGCAUACGUUGGAUAGCUGUGCUUAUUUGCAUGGCAGUCUGCAUAAUUGCGAUGAUUGCCCUCUUUGGCUGUUUCUGCUACAGGCAUUACUGCAAAGGGGUAGCAAAGAGACGACGUUACAAUCGUGAUUUGGAGCAGGAUGAGGCCUUCAUCCCAACUGGGGAAUCAUUAAAGGAUCUUAUUGACCAGUCCAUCAGCUCUGGCAGUGGUUCAGGGCUGCCUCUGUUGGUGCAACGGACGAUUGCCAAACAGAUUCAGAUGAUCCAGCAGGUUGGAAAAGGGAGAUACGGUGAAGUUUGGAUGGGUAAAUGGAGAGGGGAAAAGGUGGCUGUGAAAGUGUUUUCCACCCCCGAAGAAGCCAGCUGGUUUCGGGAAACAGAGAUUUACCAGACAGUUCUUAUGCGCCAUGAAAAUAUUCUCGGAUUCAUCGCAGCAGACAUAAAAGGCACAGGAUCUUGGACUCAUCUCUACCUAAUCACCGAUUACCACGAAAAGGGAUCCUUGUACGACUUCCUGCAGUAUACCACUCUGGACAACAGAGCUUUGCUGAAACUGGCUUAUUCUGCUGCGUGUGGUCUCUGCCACCUGCACACGGAAAUCUAUGGGACCCAAGGCAAGCCUGCGAUUGCUCACAGAGACCUGAAGAGCAAAAACAUUCUGAUCAAAAGGAACGGGACCUGCUGCAUUGCAGAUUUGGGCCUCGCUGUCAAAUUUAACAGUGAUACAAAUGAAGUCGAUGUCCCUAUAAAUACAAGGGUGGGCACUAAACGAUAUAUGGCCCCUGAAGUUCUGGAUGAAACUUUGAAUAAGAAUCAUUUCCAGCCAUACAUCAUGGCCGACAUCUACAGCUUCGGCUUGAUCAUUUGGGAAAUGGCUCGGCGAUGCAUUACAGGAGGGAUUGUCGAAGAAUACCAACUGCCCUAUUAUGACAUGGUCUCGAGCGAUCCCUCGUUCGAGGAUAUGCGAGAGGUAGUUUGUGUGAAACAUCUGCGUCCGGGGGUGUCAAAUCGAUGGAAUAGCGAUGAGUGUUUAAGAGCCAUACUGAAGUUAAUGUGCGAAUGCUGGGCCCACAACCCAGCCUCUAGACUGACCGCCUUGAGGAUUAAGAAAACGCUGGGCAAGAUGGUGGAAUCGCAAGACGUUAAAAUUUGACAAAGAAACAUCACAUAGAAGUGAAUUUGGGACUCUUAGUGCUGUUCACUCAACUCAGAGCAGGUUUGGUGGGAUCAGGAAGGGACAUUGAUUUUCAACCCACACUUCCUCGCUAAUUCUACAGGCUGCUAAUAAAUAUUAAAUUUUAAUAAGAACACGGGAUCCCCGCACACGAUACAAUACAUGUGUGGAUGGCCUUGUCUUUUUUCUUUCUCUCUCUAAUUUUGAGCUGCAUUAAGAUUUUCAUCCCGGUUUUAGAGUCCCAUCGGUUUCUUUAGGGCUGAAUUGAACAUUCAGAUUGAUCGCGCUUUCUGUGAAAGCCUUAAGUUAAAUGAAUGCAACAGCAACGAAAGAAAGGAAGAAAAAAACAGAAUCAAGCUUUUUGUCUCCUACCUUAAUGAUGGACUUGAUGGAAUUGCCUGUGUGUCUGGGACAUUUGUAAGUAAUUGGACAGUCCCUGAAGUCUUCUACAAUGUUGUGCCAGGACUUUUUCUCCCGUGUUUGGAGUACUUAAGAAGCCAUUCAAUUUUGUGCAAAGCUACCGUUUCUUAUUUUUUCCACGAUGCCUUCGAGAUGCGAAAGAAGAGUUACUUGUGUUUGAGUCCAGAAUGACCUGAAAUCCAAAUAGCCCCUAUACAUUUGUUGCACAGCUUCCUUUCAAGUUUGAUGCGAAGAUUGAAAUCAAUCAAACCGCAGAAUUGCUGUGAUCAUUUUUUAAGUGCCUGUAAUCUUGUACUGUAAACCGUGCCAAAGCUGGUUGGUUUGGUUGGUUGGUUUUUUUUCUUUGAAGGUUUUUUGUUUUUGGAAAAGGGAAAUUACUUAUGCAGUACGCAAAGUGCUUUCAUUUCCUGAGCUUUGUAUGUGUCUAAACAUGCCGUGCAGGGAUCUGAAAAUAAUUUUCCAAAGUCGUUAGGUUCCAUUAGAAACACACCUGUCCAAGGUGACACUUUGGAAUAGUGCAUUGGAAUAGAUGCACGGAUGUUACUUCAAGCGUUUAAUUUUUCCCUGGAGAAGCAUUCGGUAGAAAAUUUAAUGCAGGGUUGUCCAUCCUUGGCAACUUUUUAGACUUGUGGACUUCAACUCCCAGAAUUCCCUAGCCAGCAUGGCUAGCUGGGGAAUUCUGGGAAUUGAAGUCCAGGGUGCUUAAAGUUGCCGAAGUUGGACACCCUUGCUUUAAUGCAACUUGAGUGUGAAUUCAAGUAACAAUGGCAUGUAAGGGAUUUUGGGUCAGGCAAUACACAGCAGUAUUUGUUUAAUUUAUAACUUGGUGUGCACAUUUUAUUUAACGUGUCUUUAAGUCACUUGCUCACUCAGCAAUGCCUUUAAGUAUUAGUGCAUAUUCCUCCGAACGGAUAAUAGAUGCAUAAGCUACGGAUUAAUUUAUUGGGAAGGCAGCAAAUGAUGGACAGCAUUUUGCCAGCGGUCCUUAGCAGAAGACCCAUUCUUCUGUCCAUUGCUCAGAAAGUAGUGUAAGGUUCUGAAACUUACCUUAUGUCUUGUUUCCCACAAGCAGUUACUUGGGAUAAACCAAAUUAUUAAUGUAGACCAGUUGUUUUUUCCCACCCUCUGUGCGUUCCGUGAUUUCUGUCUACCUUCCAUAUUGCUAUGUUCAAUAAGGACCGCUCAUGUGCCAGGUGCCACACCAGUAUGAUUCACAAUCCAAAAAUAACAGAUUAACAGAGUUGGAAGGGACAUUAAAGGUCAUCUAGUCCAACCCUCCACUCAAGCAGACCGUACA